AUGUUUACACAACCAGUCGCAUCGCCACCGACCGUGGGCCCCGUGCCGACGUCUGUCACCAAUCCCGCUUCACCCUCAACACGAUCCAGUCGCCUGAGAGGCCUCAGUUAUCUCCGCAGCUACACUCAAAAUCAUAUUUUGUCCCGAGAACAUAGUAGCCAGGGCUCCAACUCUCCAACAUCAAACUCGCAUUCCCACGUCGCCGCCCACUCACACUUUCACCACAACACCGGCACCAGCCCGCACUCUCAGACCCAAACUCAAACUCAAAAUCAAAACCACCACAACAGUCGUCCUGGUUCUGGUCGCCCAACCCCCGGUCUGCAGCGUUCCCUCAGCUAUUCGCCUACUUCAACCCCUCGUCGCUCCGACACCGACGCCCAUCUGAACCCUCUGUCGCUCGUCGCCUCACUACAGGAGUCACCAUCAUCGUCAACCUCCUCCGCCAACAGGGCUUCCACCACGCCCUCUUCGCCUGCCGUCGAGCGCCCGCCAGUGGAUGCGCUCCCCUCUAUUCUCGACGACGUCAUUGCCAGCGGCAGCACCAACAGCCACAUCCGGCAGCAAUCUGACCAGCAGCCACAGUCGACCAACGACGCUGGAGCCGCGAACAUGACGAGAGCACGCGCCUCUACUACGGGCGACGCCCCUGUCGCAGCCUCCCCCGCGCCCGAAAAUCUACCUUCGAUCCGAUUUUCUGCCUACUAUGACCCCCGUGCGACACGUCCCAGCCUGACCUUCCCUCCAGUCUCGAGAACGUUGCCCUCGAAUGGCGACAUCAUCAGGGUCGGCCGCUACUCAGAGCGAGACAACCAGCCCAGCAUCCCCAAACACUCCUUCGGCCGCGCCCGUUGCAAAGUUGUCAGUCGCCGCCAUUGCGAAUUUUGGUAUGACGAAGGUAAAUGGUACAUCAAGGAUGUCAAGAGCUCGUCAGGCACCUUCCUCAACCACAUUCGACUCAGCCCUCCAGGAACGGAAUCCAAACCAUUUCCCGUCAACGAUGGCGAUAUCGUGCAGCUCGGCAUAGAUUUCAAAGGCGGCGAGGAAAUGAUCUUCCGCUGCGUCAAGAUGAGGCUGGAGCUGAACAGAGGCUGGCAGAACAAGUUGAACACGUUCAACAUGGCGACGCACAAGCGAUUGCGGAACAUGACCGCAGCCAACUCGGCGAAUUCCUCGACGCAGGACUGCUCAAUUUGUCUCAACUCUAUCGCGCCCUGCCAGUGCUUGUUCGUGGCGCCUUGCUCACAUACCUGGCACUUCAAAUGCAUCCGGUCUCUACUAAAUUCUCCCCAAUACCCCAUCUUUGUUUGCCCUAACUGCCGCAUGGCCGCCGACCUCGAAGCGGAUAUUGAGGAUCCGGAGGAGGAUUGGGAGCAAAUGGAGGAAGACGAGGAGCCUGAACAAAAACAACAAAAGCAGGAGGACAAGGAGACACCGGCUGUCCCGAUUGCGCCCUUGGCAGCUCCCGCAGCCGUUGUCAGCUCGAGGCCUCAGCUCCCUGAAAUCGGCACCGAUGAUGAUGCCAUGGACGAUUUCACGGUGGCCUUGGACCGUGCAAGAACCGUCGCCGAAGCUCCAGAAGCAGCGCCGAGGACUGUCGCACCCCAUACAUCCAUCCCCCCUGUUCCGAUCCCAGCAGUCGGCGUGGCCCAGACAACUGCACCGCGAAGCGGCCGAGAUACCCGAACUCCCUCGCCCAUUGGUAAUCACUUGGUCAACGCUACUGAAGGCCCUAUAACCCCGCGUAACGAUGCUGGUCCAUGGGUCUUUGACGGCAGUGCAGGGCGUCGUGCUGCCGAGGCGUCCAGCGGAAUGCGAAGUCUUGAUGCCGCCGCCGAAAUGGAAGUUGACCGGUAG